AUGAAUGAGACUGACAUCACUGAAUUUGUCCUCAUUGGCUUUUCUGGACAUCCCAAAACAAAGAUAGGAUUGGCGGCUUUAAUGACCAUCAUCUACUUAGGAAACAUAAUCGGAAAUGGACUCAUUCUAUUUGUAGUCAUAGCUGAUCCUCGGCUCCAUAAUCCAAUGUACUUCUUCCUUUGUAAUCUGUCCAUCAUUGAUAUCUGUCUUUGUACAUCUUCAGUUCCACAAUCUAUUGCCAACUGUUUGGUGGACAGACCCGUCAUGUCUUUUGCUAAAUGUUACAUUCAGAUGUACACUGGUAUAUACCUUGGAUCAACAGAAUGUUUCUUGUUGGCAUUCAUGGCUUAUGACCGGUAUGUUGCCAUUUCCAAUCCGCUCCGUUAUAUGCUUAUCAUGAAUUGGAAAGUUUGCAUUGUUUUGGCUAUUGUAUCAUGGACAAUGGCCUUCUUACUUGCUAUUGUUCCCUGUCUUGCAAAUCCUGCCCAUUUCUGUGGACAUAAUGAGGUGGAUCAUUUUGCAUGUGAGCUCACAGCCCUCAUGAAAUUAAUUUGUUCUAACAUGGCUGUGGGACAACUGACAAUGUACUUCACCAGCACCUGCACAGUCCUUUUCCCCUUCUGUUUCAUCCUCUUUUCUUAUGCACGUAUCCUUGUGGCCAUUUUGAGAAUCCAUUCAUCUGGAAGCAGACUGAAAGCUUUCUCUACUUGUGGAUCUCACCUAGUUGUAGUGCUGGUGUUCUUUGGAAAUUCUAUAAUCACAUAUAUCAAACCUCAAUCUAAGGACAGUCAUACUAUUGAUAAAAUUAUUUAUAUCUUUAACGCAGCACUGAUACCCAUGUUAAACCCUUUAAUCUAUACACUGAGAAACCAGGAUGUCUUAGGAGCACUUAAAAGGCUGGUGGAGAAGAAACUGCAGUCAUAG